CCGUUAUGGAUUGCAGACGUCACGCAAGAGGACAGCGCAAUCACAACACAACACAACAUCGCAAGCAACAAACAACGUGCACGCACCCGUCCUCAUCAACCUUCUUCGUGCGUGCCGCACGUGGAGGUUAAACAUCACCACCACCACACGGCAGCAAUGGACAAUCAAUCUUGCUUGCGUCCAAACCUAGCCAGCCGGUCUGGUGUUGUGAGACCUCCACCUCACGCACACACGCAAACGCACACACGCACCCUCCUGUCAGCAUGAAUCGUGUGACUUGAACAUGGCAUUUUCUUCACCACAAAGUCACGUCCACAACAAGCAGCGUCGGAGAUCUAAAAGAAGAAGAAGAGCAGGCAUCGUCGUUGUUCCAUCCAAGACCACGCAAGCGACCAAGCAAGCGAGGGACCAAGCAAGCGAGGGACCAAGGGUGCUUCAAGCUUCCAACCGCUUCAACAGCAGCCAUGGAUUUCAACCCAAGGAGCUCUGGGACCGCCAACGUGCAGCUGCCGGAACGCGGCAUGCCAAAAGUGGCGCCACCGAGUGAAGUGAAGAAGUUUACCGUGGAUGCCUCACGCUGGGGCCUUCCAGGCCUCACCGCCCGCCUCAAGCCCAGCAUGCACGCCAAGGCUGCCGAUCCCACCUGCCUGCAAAACGGCGCGACGGUGGAGGGCCGACUGUCGCUGAUACAUCCGGGAUGGGUUCAGCUGGAAAACGGCACGUGGAUCCCCACAAAGCAGCGCGGACACAACGUGCUCCAAGAACAGGACCCAAACAUCAAGAUGUAAAUGUCAACCUGUAACCCUCUCCCUCCCUGUCUCUCUCUCUCUCUCUGUGUGUUUGUGUCCCUGCCUCUGUCUCCGUACUUGCUGUUCCCGGACUUUUGUCCGUGAUGUGUGCGUGAAGGUUGUCUGUAUGACAAACCCCCUUUAAAUGUCCCCAUUCCUCUCCUCUCUUCUGUGUUGUGCGUGUGCGCGUGCGUGUGCGCGUGCAUGUGCGCGUGCGCGUUCCCCUCUCUGAAGCAUUGUCGUAUUUGACUGCGCUACUUGCGCAAAUGAUUGACGUGCCUGGCACUUCUCCGUACGGCCAUCCUCUUGUGUCUCACUUUGCCCAGAGCGCACGUGCUUGUGUGUGUGCGUGUGUGUGUGUGUGUGUGCUUGUGUGCGUGUGUGUUUAUGGGUGGUUAUGUUUGUGCGUGUGUGUUCUUGCGUGUGAGUUGAUCUCGCAGUGUCUCCCCUUCCCCACCUCCGCGUAACAAUAAACGUGUUGCCCUCAUGUCAGCACCAACAGCACUGGCUUGCGUGCUCCAAACCAGCGA